AUUCUCUUCUGUGCUUGGAAAGAACCACCCCCAUGAACCUGCCACUGAUCAUUCUGGGCCUAGCUGCCCUUAUUGACACUUCCAGUCAGUCUGGAUGCUAUGGUGAUAUAAACAGAGUUGAUACCACUGGGGUAUCUAGUCAAACUGCAAGACCAGAAGGUUUAAACUACAUUGGAGUCCGGGCUUCUGAAACGAUUGCUGCAAAGGACCUAACCAGAAUGAAUACAUAUAAAGGCAUCAUUCAAAGUGCUGGCAGAAAACUGUGCGUAGAUCCUGCUGUGAUUGCUGGCAUCAUCUCUAGAGAGUCACAUGCAGGAGCUGCCCUAACCCGUGAUGGCUGGGGUGACAGGGGAAAUGCCUUCGGUUUGAUGCAAGUUGAUAAGAGGUAUCAUAAAAUCAUUGGGGCAUGGAACUCUGAGACUCAUCUCAUCCAGGGCACACAAAUCCUUGUGGGUAUGAUUAAGGCAAUCCAGAGAAAGUUCCCAACGUGGACUAAAGAACAACAGCUGAAAGGUGGGAUUUCUGCCUACAAUGCAGGACCUGGAAAUGUCCAGACCUAUGCAGGAAUGGAUAUUGGCACAACCCACAACGAUUAUGCCAAUGAUGCAGUUGCACGAGCCAAGUAUUACAAGAAACAUGGUUACUAAAUGUGGGAAUGCCCUUCUACUCAGAUAUAUUACAGUCCUUAAGGUGAUCAGUCCAACUUUCAUAAGAGACCUAGAGCAUUGCUCAAUCUUACUGAUUGUUCCUCUGUGCUAUGUGGUUUCCUUAUCUUCUUAUUGUUAGUUAAUUGCCUUCCCAAUUUGAAAAGAUGCUUGUUUCACUAUCUGUCAUUCUGCUAAGAAAUCAAAAGGGAAAAUUAGCUCUUUGGAAAAUUUGGGGGUGGGGAAUUAAGCUUUCAUUUUCAAUUGUUUUGUAAAUUACUUUGAAAAUGCAUUCUUACAGCAGCUGGCUUUUGGUUG